AUGACUGGCGAGCUGGAAUCGCUCCAGGGCCUCGAGGGCGAGACCCUCAGCCUGGCCCAGGCACACGAACAGUUCACCGACCUCAUUCUCUCCGGCAUUGAUGCCCAGCUUGCGGACCUGCGCAGGCUCUACCAGCUCCUGGCCGCGCUGGAUACCGCCGAGAGGAAGGCCGAAUCGACCGAGGGCGCGGCCGCUUUGGCGCCAGAAGCCGCCCCUCCGAACCCGGCUUCCCGGCCGCAAGUCAUGAAGCAGGUGUCGGAAGCCGCGCGCGAGGUGGUGGCCCGAUGCACCAAGAACGCCACCGCCAAUCCGGCCGAGCUCCGCCGAUACCAUUACGCCCUCCAGCGGUAUGGCAAGGCCCUGGACAAGACCCUGCCCGGGUCGGAGCUUCGGCCAUUGCCCAACAGCGGCCAAACGAACGUCCUGGAGCAAAACCGCGCCGUGGCGGCCCUCAUCCGCGCGCACCUGGAGGCCGCUGGCCGGCUGGACCUGGCCCGUGUCCUGGACACGGAGAUGGCCGAUCUGUGGGGCGGCGCUGGCGGUGCUCCUGCGGCCGGCAUGGCCGGCACCCAUGCCGGCACUGGCGGCAGCGGUGGAGGGCAUCGACGCCUAGCCCCGGCCCCCGGUGCCGAGGAUGUGGCUGAUGGCGUGCCGGUCAGCUUCGCCGACACCGCGGCCCAUGUGGCCACGGCGCUGCUUCGCCAUCGCGAUGUCCGUCCUGCCCUGCGGCUCCUGGUGGAGUAUGAGCACCCGCUGACGCCGGAGCUGGCCACAGUGGGCUUCCAACUCCUGAACAUCGUCUUCCUCAUGGGCUACCUGACUGGCGCCGACAUCCUCUACAUGAUUGACUUCUCCCGGGUCUUCCUCUCGCCCUUUGCCGGGCCCCUUCGGCAGAUCCCCAACCCGGAGCCCCUGUUCCUUGCGGCCGAGGCCGCCGGGGUAUCGUGGGUGUUCGCCAUCCAGGCGUGGGGCGCCGCGCGCCUGGAACGCCGGAUGGAUGGCUGCACCUCGAGCGAGAUGCUCCCGGCGCACGGGGACCCCCAUCGGGACUCGGAGGAUGCCGAAGACGAGUCGGUGCGCGUCCACGCACGUGAGGCCCUCUGCCGGAUGGCCGUUUGCAUGAUGUAUUGCUCCACCGGCCAGCCGGAGGAACGGACUCGGCGCUUGCUCCAGUCGCGCUAUGCCCCGCACUUCGGCCUGGAUGCGGGCUUCUGCGCGGCGGUGGCCGAUGCCCGGGUGGAGCCGACCCCAAGGGCAAAUGCCACCGGUGGUACUUCCACCGCCGAGGACAGUCUUUCCUCCAGCGAGCUGGCCCCCCUGCCGGCCGGGGCCAAAAGCACCUCCGGGUGUUGUUCCAUUUGCGCGGCACAGCCAUGCGAGGCGGCCUGCUGGGGCCGGGCCCUGCAUCCGUCCGUGUGGGCCGGUGUCGGCCAGGCCUUGAGCGGGCUCCUGGUGCCGCGCACGACUCCGGCCCUGAAUGACACCCUGUCGACCUUGGUCCUGGCCGGGGUGGUGGCCCUGCCGACCAUGGAGAAGGCUGCCCGCAUCCAGGGGGCCUCGGCAGACUUGGUCUCCUCGCUGACCCGGCACACGGCCGCGGCCGCCGGGUCCGGCCGCGAGGGGGACGGACUUGCCGCCGGGCCGGGCGCCGCCGCCGGGCUCGGCUUCGACGGGGCCCUCUUCCGCAAUGGCGUGCCCGUGGACCUGGCGCGGCUGGGACCGGGGACUCGACCGGCCGAUGCCGAGCGCCUGUGGAGCCAGACGCAACAGGCUCAGCGCUGGGCGGCGCAAGUUCAAGAAAUCCCCGUGCCCAUCCCGCUGGAGGAAGGCAUGGACUUCCACUCGGUGUUCAUUUGCCCCGUCAGCAAAUCCCGCACCAGCCCCUUCAACUGGCCCAUGCGCUUGUCCUGCGGGCAUGCCGUGUCCGAGACCACCCUUCGGAAUUUGGCCACGAAAAAUUACCCCGCGAGGUUCACCACAACCACCGGAUCUCUCAAAUGCCCCUAUUGCCCGAAGGUGACUCCCCAGAACCAGGCCGAGGUGAUCUACUUCUGA